AUGAACACAGUGAAAUAUAUAGUGUUUUGUAUAAAAAGAUUGUUAAUAGAUACAAAAUUGUAUAAGAAUAGACACAGAAAUAAAUUACCUAUCCGUUAUUCACAAUUUAUUGUUGAAAAAUAUGAAUAUAAACGUUGGUAUGAAUUAAAAGGGAGUGAGAAAGAAGAUUUUAUACAAAAUUUUGUGAAAAAUUAUCAAAAGCAUUACCCUAAAUCAAAGACUAACCUUUCAUUAAAAGAAUUGUCAAUUGAUAAAAAAACGUUUCAUGAUUCACCUUGUGUUUUUGGCGUGUUUUACGAUGAUAUUUGGAAGUGUAGGCAAUAUGGAAGCAGUAACAAUAAUACACGGUUCCAACACCCUAAUUUUAUUAAUUUAUUGAUCAAAAGGUGA